AUGGUGUUUCGAAAUCCUUUGCAAUUACAAAACAAGGGGGAAAAGCAAAGAAGGUUUCUAGUGAAAAAAAUUAAGAAAUCACCUGGUGGCUCUGAUGAGCACAAACAAAAACCACCCAAGUCAAAAGAUCUAAAGGAUAAUGUAGCUUCGGCAUCAAAAGGAAAAGAGAAAUUGGUUGAUGAUGAUGAUGAGGAAGAAGAAGAAGAUGAUGAUGAUGAAAAUGAAAAGUUAAAAUGCAAGUCUCGUGACGCAGAGAUUGAUGAGAAUCUCUUUGACAAGAUUGCGAUCACUUCUCUUCCAGACCAUGGCGUUGACCAAGUGCUUUUCUCAUUCUAUCUCAAGAAUGUGAAGCCUCAGUAUCAAACUUGGAGCUCAAAGAAGAUUACUGUUGUCAAUGUUUUUAGACCAGUUGAAACUGAGAGCUUUAUCAAUACUCGUUUCAAGGUUGCUCGUGGGGCUACGAGUUUUGUCUUUGAAUUUACUCUGGCUGAUUUUACCUACCUUAACCCAUUCGACUGGAUUUAUCUAUUGCAUCUUUUGCUAAAGUAUGAACAAAAAUUCGAACCUAUUGUUGCACAUCUUAAAAGAAUGUUGGUUUGUUACAUCCAAGAAAUUGGGAAGAUGUAUGUGGAAAUUGCGACUGUCCUUCGCAAGAAACCUACAGUGCUUCCUAAGGAGCCUCUGAAAGAUCUUGACAAGAUGAAGCUGGGGAGAAUACGAAAGGAUGAUUGGAGUAUGGCAUUUCAAAUACAAGAAAAUUUUGAUGAUAAUUUUCAUAGAGUUUUCUUCUUUCUGCCUGACAAGCAUCUAUACUCUACCCCAUGCCUGGAAUACAUUUUGGAGUUUAGUGCAAAGCAAACAGUGCUGGGGACAAGCAAUGCUUUUCAGAUAUGA